GCCGCGGCGCGAUGGAGGCGCCGGCCGAGCUGCUGGCCGCGCUGCCGGUGCUCGCCACGGCGCUGGCGCUGCUGCUCGCCUGGCUGCUGGUGCGGCGCGGGGCGGCCGCGAGCGCGGAGCCCGUGUCCCCGGCCAAGGCCCCCGGGACUCCCGCACCGCCCGACCCCUGCGCCCCAGAGCCGGCGGCCGCGCCGGAGGGCCCGGGGGAGCUCGAGGGGCCGGGGGAGCGCGAGGCGGCACCGGCGGAGGCGGAGGAGCAGGCCGCCGAGGCCAGGCAGGAAGAGGAGCAGGAGAAGGAGCAGGAUGGCCAGGAGGGCCCACCCCAAGCAGUGCCUGAGGAAGAGGAUGGGGGAGAGGUUUUCUCCUUUAAAUACAGCCCCGGGAAGCUGCGGGGAAACCAGUACAAGAAGAUGAUGACCAAAGAGGAGCUGGAGGAGGAGCAGAGAGUGCAGAAGGAGCAGCUGGCUGCCAUCUUCAAGCUCAUGAAGGACAACAAGGAGACGUUUGGGGAGAUGUCCGCGGGCGACGUGCAGGAGCAGCUCCGGCUCUACGACAUGUAGGCGGCCCUGGCCCUCACGUGCAGACGUCAGCGGGCCCCUUCCCUCCCCCACGCGUAGCCAUAGAGGUGGAUGACACACGGAUCGCGCAGUUGCCACAGUUAGGCCUCCUUUUACGGGAAUCGGGAUCCUUGUCAUCAGAGUUAGACUGGUUUGCUAAGAGCAUGCUCCCCUCCUGCUUCCUCCCAUGCACUUACAGAGGCUUCCAGAAAGCCUUCUGAGGCAGAAUGAGGGUGCAGCGUUGUUAGACUGGACACCCAGGCAGCAGGACCCGUUACCCCUCUUCCCCACAGCACCCCGAAUCCAUUCCACACCAGGUGCCCGGAGUGGUGGGGGGCUGUGCCCGGGGCUUCGAGCUGCUGCCUGCCCUGACUCGAGCGUCCUUUUAGCAAAAACCCUAACUCAACACCCACCUUCCGUGCUGGAACGGAUCAGUGUAAUCAGAGCUGAGACCGGCGAAGAGCUCCUCCCAUUUAAGCAUGAGACUUAACUUUCCGUGUAAGGAAGGGAGGCUCAUUUGAGUGCUUAUCACGCAGCCGGGACCAUGCUCGCUGCUAGGGAGAGACAUCCAGGAUGUGACAUGGUGCCCACCAUUAGGGGGAUGAAGGUCCUCCAGAUGCUAGGGAGAGACAUCAAGGAUGCGACAUGGUGCCUACCUGUAGGGGGACGAAGGUCCUCCAGAGAAGACGGGCAUGUGUGCAGGGAAAGAGCAUCUCCCCAGACAGCAUGCAGGAAAACACCAAAAUGACCUGACGGGACAGGACACCUCGGGCUCAGUAGGUUUCCGGGAGUUCAGCCAGCGAAUACAGCAGCUCCUUCAUGCUGCACGGGCCCUGUUUCUGCUCACCCCAUUGGCAGGAAAACUCACAGCAAACGGAGUUAGGGAGGGUCUGCUGAGGAGAGAACCUAUGAAGUUCUUAUAAAUAUUUUGUAUU